UCUCCCUCUUACUAAGUUUCCUUCAUGUUUUCUCUAUCUGUUUUUCUGUUUCUCUCUGAGUGUUCGUAUUUCUGCACUUGUUUCCCUCAGCAUCUUUCCCUCCUCUGCCCAUCACUUCCAAUUCUAAGACCCUCCCUAUGUAUUUUCCUCCUCAAUAUCCAUCUCUUUUUCAGCUCUUUUUCUAUCUCAUCUCUGAGUCUCUGAAUCUUUCUCUUUUUGUUAUUCUGUCUGUAUCUGGGUCUCUUGUUAAAAUUCUGUUUCAGUAUUUUUCCAUGUCUGUCUCCUGAUCUGCUUCCCCUAUUUCUCUUGGUCUCUACUCUGGCUUCCCUACUGUUUAGUCCAUUAACCAGGAUAAUGAAAAUCUCUUAGCAAAUGGACUGGAAAUCAUUGACCUAGGUUUCAGUCCCAGCUCUCUCACUAAUUCCGUAUGACCUUGGGAAAGUCAUUUCCCUUCUUUAAGUCUGUUUUCCAACUGUCUAAUGAGAGGGUUAGACUAGGUGGUUUCUGAUAUCCCUCUCAGUACUGACAUUCUUUGUUCUAGGUUUUCAAGUUCAUUCAGCUCUGACAUUCUGCAUUCUAUGUUCUGAGAUCCCAUUUGCCCUUAACAUCCUCUGUUUUAUGCUCUAAAGUUACUUCUGAGUCUGAUGUUCUAUAUUCUUUCCCUUCCAGGAGAAAGAAUAUAUCACUUUCUGUUCUGAGUUCUCAAGGUGCUUUCACCUUCAAUAUUCUAUAACUAAGAAAUUUCCUAGUUCUGAUAUUUUGUUUUAAGUUUCCUCUCAGCUCUGACAACUUCCAUCCUGUUUUCUUACUUCAGUCCUAAUCUAAUGUUCUCUAUUCUAGGUUCAAAAGUUCCUUCCAACUCUGGCAAUCUUCAUUCUGUUUCCUUAGAUCAAUUCUACUCUAACAUUCUCUGUUCUAGACAUCCUCCAUCCUGUUUCCUUAGAUCAAUUCUAUCAUAACAUCCUCUGUUCUAAUUUCAAAAUUUCCUUCUGACUCUGACAUUCUUCAUUCAUAAAGUCUGUUCCAACUUUGACAUUCUCAGGUUCCUUCCAACUCUAACCUUUCAAUGUUAUAAAGAACUUUUAAUGUUUUAACACCUCUUCUAGCUCUGACAUUUCACAUUUUAAAGUCACUCAAAGUUCUGACAUUCUAUGUGUGGUGAUCACCUCCUUCUUUCAUACUCUCUAUUCUAGAUUCUAAAGUGUCUUUCAACUCUAACCUUCUCCAUUCAGAAAGUCCUUUUCUACUCUGACAUUCUCUGUUCUAAGUUCUGGGGACCCUCCCAACUCUGAUGUUUUACCCUAAGGUCCCUGUCAGCUCUGACAUUCUCUGUUCUAAGUUCUGGGGACCAUCCCAGAUCUGAUGUUUUACCCUAAGGUCCCUCUCAGCUCUGAUAUUCUCUGUUCUAAGUUCUGGGGACCAUCCCAGAUCUAAUGUUCUAUGCUAAGGUCCCUCUCAGCUCUGACACUCUGGUUUAGGCUGAUUCCUCCUUUCACAGUGUUCUUGAAGAAGGCGUGGAGGACAGGGCAUUGAGUUGCCACUGGGGUGAGGGCCAACUCAGACACUUUAUGUUCUGUAUUUUAAGAACCUUUCCAGCCCUGAUGGAGAUGUUCUCAGUUUCAAUGGCUUUUGUGGCUCUGCCUGUGGGAUUCUCAGACCCUUCCUGCUCCUUCCCCACAUCCUGAGCUCCUAUUCAGGCAAUGGCUGCCCCAGCAGCAAGAAGCCCCUUCUGCUCCCACCCCUUCCACCUCCUCUAGCGGAACUCACCUUUCCCUGGGGAGAGCAGAGCCAGGGCUGAGGUCUGAAAACAGACGACCUUAGAAUAGCAGACGACCUGCCUCCUGUCUCUUGGCAGACACCACUGAGGUGAGAAGGUUUUGUGCCGGAUUGUUCACUUGCCUGUUUGGGGACCUCAGGAAGCAAUGAAAGGACUGAGCUUCCUUCCGAAGAUGCUUGGCUGGAGGAGACAUCUGGGCUGCUGGGGCCGUAGGAGUCAGCCCCAUAGCAUCCGCUUGAAGCAAGUGAUGCUUGUACUUGAUGAAGAGAGAGAAAUGGGCCCCACCUAAACAAGUCUCAGGUUCACAUUGAGAUGGUAGAUAACUUCCGAAACUGGCACCCUGAAUGAUCAUCUUCCCCACUCAGGAUAAAAACUCCAGUAUGUCAUUCCCUUUCUCCCAUGGAAUAAACUGCAUCACCUAUCUCCUGUAGAAUAAUGUCCAUCCUCUUGCCAUAAUUCCAGCCAGUAAUUAAUCCAUGAGUCUGGCUCUGAGGAGUCUGCACAGCAGGGUCCCUGUAGGGUUGCUGUCCCAGAGCCUGGAGUUCAGCUCUCUGGCAGACAACUACACAGUUUGCGAGGGAGACAACGCCACACUCAGCUGCUCCAUCGAUGAGCACGUGACCCGCGUGGCCUGGCUGAACCGCUCCAACAUCCUGUACGCCGGCAAUGACCGCUGGACCAGCGACCCGCGGGUGCGGCUGCUCACCAACUCUCCCGCAGAGUUCUCCAUCCUCAUCACCCGCGUGGGCCUGGGCGACGAGGGCCUCUACACCUGCUCCUUCCAGACCCGGCAGCAGCCGCACACGGCCCAGGUCUACCUCAUCGUGCACGUCCCUGCCCGAAUCGUGAACAUCUCCUCUGCUGUGACAGUGAAUGAGGGUGGGAACGUGAACCUGCUCUGCCUGGCUGUGGGCAGGCCAGAGCCCACAGUCACUUGGAGACAGCUCCGAGACGGCUUCACAUCGGAGGGUGAGAUCCUGGAAAUCUCGGACAUCAGGCGAAGUCAGGCCGGGGACUACGAGUGCGUGACCCACAAUGGCGUGGCGUCGGCCCCCGACAGCCGCCGCGUGCCCGUCACUGUCAACUACCCUCCGACCAUCACCGAUGUGACGAGCGCGCGGACAGCAGUGGGGCGCACUGCGCUGCUCCGCUGUGAGGCUAUGGCCGUGCCCCCCGCAGACUUCCAGUGGUUCAAAGACGACAAACAGCUAGGGGGCGGCGCGGCUGAGGGCCUGAAGGUGCAGACUGAGAGGACCCGCUCCAUGCUGCUAUUCGCCAACGUGAGCGGCCGCCACUAUGGGAACUACACGUGCCGAGCGGCUAACAGGCUUGGGGCUGCCAGCGCCUCCAUGCGCCUUCUGCGCCCAGGCUCCCUGGAGAAUGCAGCCUCACGGCCCCCUGGGCCCCUAGCCCUGCUCUCUGCCCUGGGCUGGCUGUGGUGGGGAGGCAUGUAGGAGCCAAGGCUGACGGAGAGCGAGCCCUAGCAAGGGAGUGAACCAGCAGCCUGGAGAGAGAGCCAGUGAGGAAGGCCCAGAGUCCCGGGCAGAGGAGGAGGAAGAGGAGAGAUCCUUAGAGAACCCAUCACUGUGAGGGAUAAACGCAAAAUUAUGCAUCGUUUCUACAGCCAUUGUCACCCGUUCAUGUGUCUGACUGUACCCCAGUUGCCCCUGACCCCCUCAGCCCUGGCCUCGACCCACUCUGGGUACCCCCGUUACCCCUGCCAGCCACAGGCUGCUUCUCACCUCUGCAUGCCAGCUUUAGGUGGUUGCACUGGCUGCAGGGGUCCCUGGCCCCCACCACCAGGCUUAGCUUUAGCUUUCUCACCUGUUGGGAGUGGCCCCAUCCCCUUGUGUGUCGGAUUUUGACCCCAGUGAAGGGGAAAGUUGGAGGAGGCGCUGUGUCAUCUCUGGGCCUCUCCCAACAACCAAGGCUGCCUGUCACAUUUCUGGGUGUCCCCCUGCCCUCCCCCACCCCACUUUCUGGCCUCCCCCCAGGCCGACUGGUGCUUCCAUCCUACUGUCAGGCUGGUAGCUGUGGCCUCCCCCGCUUCAGCUGUCUGCCUCAGUGCUAUGUCCCCACCCCUCUGCCACCCUUAGCUGCUUGCCUGUGUCCCUGGCCCUGUCUACUGGCUGCCGGCUGUAGCUCUCGCCACUCCAGUCUUGGCUUGAAGCCCAGUCAGCCGACUGUACCUCACCCACACGUACCUGCGCCCACCAGCGACUGUGAUCAGCAAUAGUCCCCGCUCCCCCGACCCCCAGCUCUAAUUACCUUCUGUUCUGGGUUUGGCUCCCUGGGCCCAACCAUAGUUUCUACCCCAGAGGUGGUGGUUUUGCAAAGGGACAGAGAGGAUCUAACAGAAGGCCUGCUGCUAUCUAGUCCCACUAGAGACCCCCAAACCCACCACUCAGGCAGAGGGAGGGUGAGUCCUGGGCCCAGUCCUGGAGAUACUUGUUAACACUCUCCACUACAUCAACACUUUCUCAAUGUCCAUACCGCUCAGAGCUGGCCAGGGCUAAGGAGGGGCUGGGGAAUGGGCUGGAUCAGGGAGGGACAGGGACGGUACCUCAGAGGGGGGCAUGGGCCCCAUCCACAUCGUCUUCCAU